AUGGAUCACUCGCGCGACCCCUGUCCCUGGGUAAUCCUCAAUGAUUUUGGUGGUGCCUUCGCCAUGGGUGCUGUCGGCGGCGCAGUAUGGCACGGCGUCAAAGGCUUCCGCAACACUCCAUACGGCGAGCGACGCAUCGGAGCCAUCACAGCAAUCAAAGCCCGCGCGCCCGUUCUCGGCGGCAACUUCGGUGUCUGGGGAGGACUUUUCAACACAUACGACUGCGCCGUCAAGGGAAUACGCAAGAAGGAGGACCCAUGGAACGCCAUCAUCGCGGGGUUCUGCACUGGCGGAUCGCUCGCGGUACGAGGAGGCUACAAGUCUAUGCGCAACGGUGCUAUAUCAUGCGCCAUUCUUCUGGCAGUCAUCGAGGGCGUUUCCAUCGGAUUCAACAGAAUGAUGGCCGACAACACCAGGCUCGAUGCGCCCCCACCACCACCCACCGAUGUCGGCGCACCAUCGAGCGGCGGCGGAAUGGUCACAGCAUAA